AAUGGCUGCGGCCGUUCAGCACUCACGUGUGAACGCUGGGAAAACAUGAAACGUUUCCUGAAGAAGAAAAAGAAGAUGAGGAUGGUAGCCAGGACUGUCGCGUCAGAGCUGGAGGAGGAGGUCAAAACCGCUUCCGACAGCGAAGGUUCUAUAGGAAGCUGUGAAUCAGAAAUGGAUCAGUUGUCUGAUGAUGAAGCAAUAGAAGCUGACAACGAGGAUAAUGUUGAACCUUGUGAUAAAGAAAAUGCUGCAGAAUCAAGUGCUGGUGCUAAUACUGGCUGGGCAGAUGCUAUGGCUAAAAUCCUUAACAAGAAAACUCCUAAAAGUAAACCCACCAUCCUCAUCAAAAAUAAAGAGUUAGAAAAGGAGAAAGAAAAGUUAAAGCAAGAAAGACUAGAGAAAAGAAAACAGAGUAUCUAUCAAAGUUUGCUGCACUUUCAAAAAUGCCUAAUAUUCUUUCACAUAACAUUAUUUAUAACACAGCUUGAUAAGAAGCGGGAGUGGGAAAUGAUGUGCAGAGUAAAGCCAGAUGUUGUCAAAGACAAAGAAACAGAGAGAAAUCUCCAGAGAAUUGCAACGAGAGGUGUGGUGCAAUUAUUUAAUGCUGUUCAGAAGCAUCAAAAGAAUGUUGAUGAAAAGGUUAAAGAAGCAGGAGGCUCUAUGAGAAAGCGUGCUAAAUUGAUAUCAACUGUUUCCAAGAAAGACUUCAUCAGUGUCCUGAGAGGAAUGGAUGGAAAUACAAAUCAGAAAAGUUCAACUGGGAAGACCCCAAUAGACAAACAGACUAAAGUGAAGUCAGAAGAGGGCCCAGGUUGGACGAUUCUACGUGAUGAUUUCAUGAUGGGAGCAUCUAUGAAAGACUGGGACAAGGAAAGUGACGGACCAGAUAGCAGCAGACCAGGAUCUACAAGUGACUCUGAUGCAUAGAGCAAAAUAGAGGACAAACUUGUUUUAUUUUUCUUAGAAAAAUACUUCAUCCUCUGGCAGUUAGUGAAUUUUGUGGAGAGAUACAUAUAUAUAUAUAUAUAUAUAUAUACACCAUUUGUUUACAAAAAAGUCAGAAGAAUUUUACCAGCUUUGUUGUUCGCUCUUGUAUACUUUGUCAAAAUUAUAUUUUCAAGUGGUGUGUAAUUUUAAGCAUAUUUCCUCAAAACAUUGUACCAAGAAAUAUUUCUGCUUCACCAGCAAGAUGAUCAUCUUGCUAGUUCACGACAAGUUUAUGCAUACUGAUUGUGUUGUUGGUGUGCUCUCUGAUGCAGUGCCAGUUCAUAAUUGAAAUGACUUUAUUUCUUUGCCAUCCAGCUCAUAGGUCAUAGGUCUGUGUGUCUGUACUUUGGGGAAUAAUUGGGCCAUUUUUGCUUUGGUCAGCUGUUGAGAAAACCUAUGUAGUAAAUUUUAAAUUAUAGUAUUUUUGAUUUGGAUGUUGAUUUUAAUUUUAGAUAAGCUGGCAAAUAUGAUUUAAGAAAUAUCAGAUCUCUGCUUUUACAUUAAAUAAUACAAAUAAUGAGUUUGAUGUGUUAGGUUGUUUUUGCACAAGAGAGUUACUAAGGUAGAAAUUCUAAUGUUUAACUUAUGUAAUGAGACAUAAUUUCUUUUUCUCUCUCUUGACUUCCCCUCUCCCUCCCUCUCUCCCUCCCCACCCCUUUCCUUCUUCUGUCCUCGCAUAAUUAAGUUAACUUCUCUUUUGUGGAUAUCAAAUAGUGAAGUGAUGGAGUCAGAAAACAAGUAAUCUAUAUCACUUAUUACAUCUGAUUUGAGACUUGCUUCCAUAUUGUUGCCUUAAAGGUAUUAAAUUGGAUGACCUUUAGGAUACAGUUGUUAAAAAGAGAAGAAAAACUAAGACUUUUUAAUGUCAGUGCAAAAUUUCUGUGAAACUUGGCCCAGGCUCUAAGGUUUAUAAGGGAAUUAUUUAAUAAAUGUAAUCUGUUCCUUUUUUUUUGAAAAGGAUCAAUCUCUUUCCCUAUCUUUCAGUAGUAAAAAUCCCUCUACCACCCAGUUGUACAUACUUGCAUCUGUUACAUAUUGAAUGAUAAUCCUCCCCCUAAAACGAUGUGCUACAGCAGAGAUGUUUAUAUUUUUAAACCCAUUUGAGUGUUACAUGUAUUAUAUGACAAGUGUUAAAUUAGUCCCUGGCCUGGUAUUUGUUACCAUAAAGGAAAGUAUACACCCAAGGAAUCAGUGGUUAAAAUAGCAAAGCUCAAAAUGUAUUUUGUAUUUAUCCCAGCUUUUGAACUUUAGUGUCUUAUUAAAUUUUAGAAUUGCUAUUUUGUCAUUUAAAAAAAAUGAAUAUAAAUAAAUAUUCCUCAUUGAUAAUAUAAGAAUGCUAAAUAUCCUGACAAAGAUUUCAAGAUAACGUACAUAAUUUUUAAAACACACAUGUGGCACCUAAAAACUUUUGUCUCUGCAGAACUCAAGAUUAUAUUGUAUUUUCUUCUAUUAA